UCAAUGCCCAACUUAUUAUUUCUAGCCCAAAUAGAUGGCUCCUCCGUUUGCUGAUAGUUAUUUCUGAGUGUUUCUCCUUUCCCCCAAAACUGUCUGAAAUUUGUUUCCCCUAAAAAUGUAUCGACGUUCAUCAACCCAUCUCCGGCGAUUGUUUUCCGGGCACUCUUCAGUACCCAAAUCUUCAUCUUUACCGAAACCCUUUACGUCUGUAUCAAUUCAGAGCUCCUCGGAAGCAUUUUCGGUCUCGAUUCCUUGGAGAAACCUUCACUCGGUUCAGUCAUUUAGCUCUAGUUGCUCGUCGUCGUCGACGGAAUACAUUAAGAGAUUUCAGAAUAUCAGACUUUACAGUGUUGAAACUGACAGAGAAGUCGACAAAAUCAAUCUCAAAUUCGCAGAGGCAAGGGAGGAGAUAGAAUCCGCCUUGGAAUCUAAAGAGACUGUCUAUUUCGAUGACGAAGCGGGCUGCGCUCGGGAUGCCGUUCAUGAGGUUUUGAGUUUGUAUGAAGGGCUUUUAGCCAGGUUGCCGGAGAGUGAGAAAGGAGCAAUUCAGAGGUCAAUGGGGCUGAAAAUUGAGCAAUUGAAGGCCGAGCUUGCACAAUUAGACGAGUAGCUGAGGUGGGAUUAAAUUACUUAAUUUGGAUUUUGGUUUUAGCCUAUUCUUCGAUAUCGAUUCCGAAAAAACCUGUAUUCUAUGGAUUAGAAGCCAUUGUUGGCUGAAUUUUUUCAGUACUCUGUGAUCAGAAUAUAUGAUUUAAUGGAAUAAUGUAUUUGUAGAAUCUUAAUUAUCUUCUAUAUUGUUCUGAUGAGAAAUGGGAGUUCUCAUUUGAGCUUAUGGUUUAGUGUCAAGCCUGCCUUAAUUUACUUUUAAGGCUAUUGGAAACUAUUGUGUUUGCCUUUUGUUGUGGUUUUAUAUAUCAGAAAGGGCAUGGCUAUUUAAAGUUUCGAGCUUGAAUCGAAUGUGUAAUUGUGUAUUGACAGAGAAAAUGGAGACCAUGAUUUUUUUAAGCUACCUCUUUAGGAGUGGGAUAAAGG